UAACAUUUGACUGUUCUACUUUAAGAUCAAUCAUAUAUUCAUUCCUUGCCGAGGAUUCACGACCAGUGGAAUGUAACUGUGACAUAACACAUAAGUUCCACGGUUUGAAGACCGUUUUUCUGCUAUGUCGGAUGAAAUACCUGCCAAACGGCGAAAACUACAAGGAGAGCCUUGCCCUGUCGAUGGUUCUAUCGAAACGCAAUACUUCUCAAAUUAUCCUGAAAACGAGAAAUGGAUGGACGAUCCAUCUUGUUCAGGACAAAAUACAACACAAUAUUCAAAGAAAAGAAUUGUUAAGGCAUGUGAACUAAAACACAAACAUAUCGAUGUCCAUCUUGCUGAGAAUCAGGAGAACCUUGAAAACAAAACCGAAACGCUUUUACAGUCUCUCGGGUCGGAAGGCGAUCGACUGGAAGGAACUAUAAGCGAUGUUGCUGAUGAAGAAAAACUAUCAAUAGAAGAAAAAGCCAGCAUUCUUCUUGCUGAGAAUAAGGAGAGCCUUGAAAACAAAUCCAAAACACUUUCAGAGUAUUUCGAGUCAGAGGGCGAACGACUGACAGGAGAUUUACGCGACGUUGCUGAUGAAGAAAAAAUAUCAAUUCAAGAAAAAGCCAACAUUCAUCUUGUUGAGAAUCAGGAGAGACUUGAAAACAAAUCCAAAACGCUUUCAGAGUAUUUCGAGUCAGAGGGCGAAAGACUGACAGGAGAUUUACGCGACGUUGCUGAUGAAGAAAAAAUAUCAAUUCAAGAAAAAGCCAACAUUCAUCUUAUUGAGAAUCAAAUGAGCCUUAAAAACCAAUUCCAAACGCUUUCAGAAAAUCUCGAGUCAGAAGGAAAUCGAUGGACAAAAAAUAUACGCGACGUUGUUGAUGAAGAAAAAAUAUCAAAUAAAGAAAUUCAUCAAAGAGCGUUAGAAGGCCUUCAAGAGACCCUUGUUGAGUAUAACCUGUCUAAAAAUUCAGAAUUAACUUUGGGACCUUUCUUUCAAAAGGAAAAUCCAGAGCUUGUAAAUUUUUACGUUCCACCAACACUUUCUAAAGUUUUGCCAAUGAGGUUUGCUACUAGAUAUUCGAGUUACAAAAAAGAACCAAUAACUAGUCUAAAGCAGCUACUUGACAGACGCAAAAUAUUUACCUGCAUCACAUCAAAUGCUGGAUUGGGCAAGACCUCGUUCUGCAAAUUUUUAGCUCGUUUAUGGUGUGCGGUAAAGAAAAACGACAAUCACCUCUUGGGGGAAAUCCAAGGGAAGGCGGAUUACUUGCAAGACGUAGAAUUCUUACGAGAGUUCCACUACCUCUUCUCUGUCAGUCUUAAAGAUGUCGAAAGUCACAAUGUAAAUAUUGAAAACAUUAUAUUCAGCCAUCUUCGAAACAAAAUCGAUGAUACAUGGGAUGAUGAUGAAAACUACAAACGAACUUUACAAAACGACUUGAAAGAAAAGCAUAGUUUGAUCAUAUUAGACGGAUUAGACGAGAUAAACAUGUCUAAGAUCACGGCUCCGCUUCAAUCUAAAAAAUACACAAUCAUUUGCACGUGUCGUCCAUGGAAACUUGGCGCAAUGGGCAUGUCUACAUCGACGUACACGGAAAUACAGCUUGAAAAAAUGGACUUGAAAAGUACGCGCAAUCUUUUAAAACAUGCCAAUGUUUGCCUGAAUAGUCAGUCUGCCAUCAAGCGUGAUAUUGAUGCGUUUUAUACUGUUCUUAAAGAACAGAACUUGGAAAGUCUUUUGCCAAAUCCACUCAUAGCCUUGCAAUUACUAUGCAUUUAUCAUGAUCGGUAUGACACGAAUACUACGGAAACGAACAAAUUCUUGUUAGGAAAGACACGAACGCACGUGUAUGCCAACGUAGUCGAUAUGAUGUUGAAACUCGCAAGCGAUAAAGAGCCAGAUUGCUUCAAAGAGUUGUGCGACAGACACCAGGAUAUUAAAAUACUACCAAGGGGGUUUGAUGAAGCUGCAACAUGUAACAGCAUACCAUCAUUCGUCGAAGUCUUGGAGAGUUAG